CACACAUACCUUUCUGCCAGCAACACAGAGGAAAAUGGCUGACAUACUGUAUCUGUUAGGAUCCCGUCAGGAUUUGUUUGGUUUAUGAUCCCUCUUAUGAUUUGGCGUAGGGUCAUCGAUAUAUCUUUGGCAAUACUAAGGUGUUUUCACAACUAUCAUGGCCACCUUUGACGACAACGGGACCAUCCUAUUAAAUUACAGUGCCUUCUACUGUCGCUUCCAAGAGGAUUUCAAAUAUAUUCUCCUUCCUGUCAGCUAUGCCCUGGUCUUUGUGAUUGGCCUUGCGCUGAACGCCAUGGCGCUGUAUGUGAUUGUAUUCCGUACCAAGCGCUGGACCCCAUCCACCAUCUACAUGUUCAACCUGACGAUGUGUGACACACUCUACGUCCUCACUCUGCCCUUCCUCAUCUACUACUACGCCGAUGAGAACGACUGGCCUUUCAGUGAACCAGUCUGCAAGCUCAUACGCUUCUUGUUUUAUACCAACUUAUAUGGUUCCAUUCUGUUCCUGUGCUGUAUCAGUCUGCAUCGCUUCAUUGGUAUCUGCUAUCCAGUCCGCUCCCUCAACUGGGUCAGCGCUCGUCGAGCCAGGCUGGUGUCUGUAGCAGUGUGGGCCUUUGUUUUAUUCUGCCAGGCACCUAUUCUCUUCUUCUCAAGAACUAGGAAUACUGACGGUGAGCGGCAGGUCUGCUAUGACACCACCAGCCCAGAGCUUUUUGAUGACUUUUUGGUGUACAGCUCAGUCGUGUCAGUGCUCAUGUUUGCCUUGCCCUUCAUGGUGUUGAUGGUAUGCUAUGGCCUCAUGGUGCGGAAGCUUCUGGAGCCUGGCUGGGGGUCUGAAGGGAGCGAGAGGGGCGGCCUGUCAGCCCAACGUUCCAAGCAGAAAUCAGUGAAGAUGAUCAUCAUUGUGCUGGCAGUGUUCAUGCUCUGUUUCCUGCCUUUCCACCUCACCAGGAGUCUUUAUUACUCCUUUAGAUACCUAAGGCAGGUCAAUCCAGAACAGAUCAGCUGUAGGCUGCUGGAGGCCUCCAGUGUGGCUUACAAGGUGACCCGACCUUUCGCCAGCGCCAACAGCUGUGUGGACCCCAUCCUUUACUUCCUGGCUGGGCAGGACGCCCGCAGCAACCUCACCAAGAAAAUCAAGUCAUCCUUAAUGCAACCAACAAGUGUGAGCCAUCGCUCGACUACAAAACUCUGAGCUAAUAACUGAAACUAUCUAAGUAAAAAUGUAAAAGGUUGUGGGGACAAGAUUUGACAUCUCGUAUACUGACACUGACAAAGGCUACAUUCAGAUUUCCAUCAAUAACCAGAAGAAAGUUAUUAUGACUGAAGUUUCUAAAAAAACAAUUAAUCAUAAAGUGCAUCCUUGACUGAAGGCAUUAGAGGCUAGUAAAACAUUUCUACAGAUCAUAUUUUUUUUUUAAUGUUUGAAAAGCUAUAAUGAAUGGAGAGAGCUGAACUAAAUGGUGCACCACAGCUGUUGUUUUUGUUAAUGAUUCUACUGGCUAUCCCUGGUGUUUGUGUGUUUAGUUUAGAAACCAGGGUGUUUUCCUCAGCUCACCUUUCUCUGAGCCACAUA